AGACCGCAAGUGGGGGUAUUUGGACGCAGCCUACGCGAUCGUUUUGUCACGUGGCCACGAGGGCGCUGCCCAUUACCGGAAGAACAAAGUGCAUCAUAACGGAAGUCCCGAGUGAGGAGCGGCCCCGAUCUGAAGUAAGCAUUUUCAGGCACUGACAUAUUUCCUGCACUAGUUCCCCUGCUAUUUCUCCUGAGACGUCUGGAAUAUCCAGCAGUCAUGUCGUAUGGAAGAACAGAGCAGCGUGUCGUCCCAAAAGACUUCAGCAGCCUCAUCCAAACAUGCAGCUCCAACAUUCAAAAGAUCACACAGAACACGGCUCAAAUCAAGAGCAUGGUCAACCAACUUGGAACCAAACAAGACACAGGUGACCUGCGGGAGAGGCUUCAGCAGGUGCAACACUACACAAACCAGCUGGCCAAAGAGACUAACAAACACCUUAAGGAUCUGGGCUCUCUCCCUGUCUCCCUGUCUGAACAGAGGCAGCAAAAAAUCCAGAAGGACCGGCUGAUGAACGACUUCUCAGCUGCGCUAAACAACUUCCAGGUAGUGCAACGUCGAGCUGCAGAGAAGGAGAAAGAAUCGGUGGCCAGAGCUCGAGCUGGAUCCCGCCUCUCUGCUGAAGACGGGGUUCAUGAUGAGCAGCUGGUGUCCUUUGAUAAUAAUGACGAUUGGGCUAAGACCACCAUACAAACUGAAGAUGUAGCCAUAACAGAGGAAGACCUGGAGCUCAUAAAAGAAAGAGAAACUGCCAUUCAACAACUUGAGUCUGAUAUUUUGGAUGUCAAUCAGAUUUUUAAGGAUCUUGCUGUAAUGAUUCAUGAUCAAGGAGAAAUGAUAGACAGCAUAGAGGCUAACGUGGAGAGUGCAGAGGUGCAUGUGGAAAGAGGAGCGGAGCAGCUUCAGAGAGCAUCUCUCUACCAGCAAAAGUCCCGUAAGAAGAUGUGCAUCCUGGCAGUGGUCCUUUCCCUAGUCCUGUUCAUCAUUGGCAUCAUCAUCUGGCGAGUCUCCGCCUCGUGAAUUUCCUUCCUCGACCAUCCCUCUCUUUUUUCAUUAUUUAUAUCUUUGUUUUCGUUUUCUCGCUCCCAAACCCAGUGCCAUCCAUAUGGAGAGGGAGGUCAGUAGCAACACCUGCAGUUUUGUCUGCGGAUGUUUGCAGGUUUAGUUGCAAUGGAAAGUGGGUGAACCGAAUGUAACAUUCCCUAUCCUCUCUGGACCUUUAAUUGAUCAUGAAGGAGGAUGAGCUGGCAAAUGUAGUGGGAAAAGAAAUUCCGUACCUUAAGGCUUUAUUUUGAUUCUUGUGAUAUUUCUAGCACUAACACUACCUUACAUGUCCAAGUCAAUGCAGGUUGUUUCAUUUCAACAGGUUCGUUGUUGCACGAUAAGGUGUAAAAAUGGCACUUUGAAAGCUUAAAGUUUUUUUCUACAUCUUGUAAUAUAUUUUUGGCUUUGGCGAGUUUUAGAUGUCUCUACUGAAAACCACACUCCUGGGAGUUAAGGACAGAAUGCUUAGAUGAGCUGCAAAAGUAUGACAUUUUCAACCUGAUAACACGAUGAUGAUGCUAACCAGUCCAGUAGUAGAGUUGCAAGUAUGAUGCAGCAAUGACACCUAAUGUUCAAUUCUCAAAUAUCUCUGAACUUCAGUUUCAAUGCCGUCUGUCUAUUCUGUGGUGUUAACUCAUCGUUUUAUUAGUCAAAUAUAUGUUGAUUAUAUAGCUGUAAAUGUGUUGUAUAAGAACUUGAAAUCAAUAUUAUGGCUGAAACAGAUUUGUAUAUUACAACAUGAAAAUUCUGAACAAUGCAUUGAAAUUAUGUAAAAAGUAAAAAUAAUCCACUUAACUUUUAAAACAUGCAAAAAUGAUUGUCUUUGUCUUAAAAAAAAUGACUUUUGAGUGCUUGAGUAAAGAACCAUGUCUCGAUUACAUCUGCACUCCUGAUUGUAAGUAUGUCGGAUUCUUGCUUUACAUGUUUUAAUCCAUAUUAAACAGUAGUGAAAUGUGAA